CCAAAAGGAUUAGAAUGCACUAGUCAUUGUGUUCUAAUAGUCAUGUAGGACUCGAGCACGUGCAUCGUUCAGCUCAUAGCAACAAGCAGACAUUGGAAGCUGAUUUCUAAGAGCAGAAGCUAAGAAUUUCGGGUCUGUCUGAGCGGCAAAUCUGGAAGAGAUUACACCAGUUGAGGGAAGACCACAAAAAUGAGAAAAAAUGGCUCCUGGGGGUAAUCGUCUUGCCGCUGCUGUGAGAUGUGAACAUCUCCUAUUGGUAUGCUUUACCUUUGGUUCAGCUAUAGCAGUCAUCUUGUGGGUUGUAGCCAUGAGUACAGACUACUGGUUCACAGUUUCCGCACCCGACAGUGGCGGCCUCUUCGUGAACAAUACAAAGAUGGUUUUCAUAUACAGUCACUCAGGUCUUUGGCGGAUCUGUCGAACGAGUUUAAUGAAUGUUACAUCAGGAAAUGAUGGAAUUACCACAUCUGAAUGUCAUUAUCACACUCUCUUCCCGAGCGAGAAGGAAAUCGAGAAAAAUCCGGAGCUGGAUCGUACAAUUAUGGAUUACACAAGAACUGAAACUGCCUUUGCCAUCAUCAGUCUGUGUCUGAUGUUGAUGGGUGUUGGAUUUUCGGUCUACACGUUCACUGAACCUAGAUACAUGUUCAAGAGGCUGGCCGGAGGAGUCCAUUUUAUGACAG